UUAGAUAGCGCCCAUACAGGUGACCUCCGUCACGUUGUCAUGACAACUUCACGCCUUUAAGGGUCAAGCGCUGACAGACAAGUGGAAUGCCUGCCAAACCUGUCCGACCUCUUUUGUUCGAACUGCAUUUUGGUUCAUCGCUACCAAGGAAAACAUCUGUGGUUGGGAACGUAGGAUUAUCUGGAAGGUUGGAACUUGUAGUGACAAAUUCUUCAAUCCCCUGGUACGUGACAGGCCUUGUUGCCAUUCUCGUUCCCAGGAGCACUCAGUGAUUGGCUGUUGUCGUAAGUGACGAAAAUUCGUUAACGGCUGGGGAUGUCAGGUGGAUGGACCUCUGCUGACUUGGUUUAAAGGUCAAAGAAAGGACACCCGAGAAUAGAACUUGUUGCAGUCACUCGCGCCUUUGAAUACGAAUAACCUACUUUCUGACGAUCUCCUUUACCAAACUGCAUAGCUGUGAGCGGAGACUCCGAGCAGGUGAACAGUCCCUUCAGUAAGACUGAGGAGUUGCCAUGGAUUCAACGUCACCACCCACAGGGGGUGCAACUCCGGGAAUCACUGGAGAGUUUGGCGCGAUAGCACUUGCCUGGGUCAUACCAUUUCUCUUCUUCCUCGUGCUGUGGAUUGUCCUGAUGGUGUGCUGUUGUUUCUGUGAAGAACGAUGCAAGCCUGUACGAGAUAAGAUAGGACUGGAGAGAAAGUUUCGUGAGUUAAUGGGGAAGAAGAACAAAAUGGACGACACGGCGAUAAGCUUUUCUGCCUCUGAAGCUAGGAUGUCAACACGCUCUAGAUUAUUCUCCACCAUGAGUCCAGACCGUCAGGCCAUGCUAAGGACAUACAGGAAUACAAUCAUCGACAACAUGAAGUCUCCGACCACAGUGGCGUCUUACCUGGCCCAGGAGGGUGUUAUUCCUGAAACUACACUUAACGAUAUAAUAAGCCAGCCGACACCAGAGAGCAAGUCUAAGAAGCUGUUGGACGCUCUGCCCUCGUACCAGGACGAGUCAUACGGCUGCCUGUGUGCGAGUCUCAGGGAACAGGAGCAGCUCCACUGGCUGGCGGACACAUUGGAAGGAGAGGGACUGUCAGUCGACAAGAAGAGGCGGAUAGCUAGUCAUAGAAACCUGCUGGUUAACAAGAUGAACCCUGAUGACAUCAUCGCCCAUUUCUCUGACAAUAAAGUUUUCACCAGACACAUGGCGAACUGCUGCCUCGGUGCGAAGUCACGCGAGGACAAGAACAAGCGGAUUCUUCACCUGCUGCCCUCCCGGAGUGAUCGAGACUUCGGUGUCUUCUGUGCUGCCCUGAGGACAGACGACCAGUCGGCCUACCUUGCAGACCUUCUGGAAGGCGAGGGUGUGAACUUGAACACGCGGAUCAUGGAGGAGGAAGCUGUGAUGAUGAACAGUAACGUACAGAUGCAGAGUACCAUGAAGGCCAACGGCACCACUGUGUCAAACGGAGAAGGGAUGAUGUCGGGAAUCCAGAUAGGUCCGAACGUGAAAGUAGACGAGGCACAGGAGAUGAGCUCUGUGGGACAGACGGGAGGACUCAUGUCCGCGUUGUCGUCUGCCGUGGUGCCAAUCAACAUGCCUGUCAUCUUGGAAGUGAGCGGAGAAGUUGACGGUGCACACUGGUUUUAUAACGGAGAGAGCCUCGCCAAACGCCCCGGGUUCCGGGCGACGUCAGACGGCUUCCUACACGAGCUGCACAUCGAUCAGAUGACCCCUGACCUGGACGGGGCCUACACCUGUCAGGGACGUGCACCUGACGGCGGGACCGUGUCGUGCGAGAUCAAAGUCACAACAGUGCAGUAGCGCAUUACGCGCCCUUUCUUCUCCAGCAAGGACGACAUCGCUGAGACCUUUAGUUUGACAGAUCGCUCGUGUCAUAGAUGAAAUAACUAAAUCUUUUUACACUUUG